AAUAUCGUCUACCGGAUGGGAGGGGGCGCGCUUCCUGCCUCCUGACCUGCCUUCCUUUUUAUGGAAAAACACAUUUCUAUGCAAUCCGAUGAAAUCUAAGCGUUUUUGUUGAAUAAAUAACCAAUCAAAAAGUUCACAGUUGAGCGGUCGUAUAAUUGUAGUAUUCGGUGUCUGCAUAGUGAGAUGCAGCCUGAGUCUCGCGGUAACGGAUAAAAGUUGCGAGUCAUGUUUCACUGAAGACGGAUGGAAGAAACACGGACGUAAUUGAAAGGAAGUAAAGACCCUGGACAGGGCUUGGCUUUCUUUGAACUUCGUAGUCAAUGCACGGCGUAGAUGAGGACCACAACUGAAGAGUCAUCCAGAAGAAGUAACAGUGCUGGACGUGGUAGUAGCACCGUCCUGCAGCGUCUUUUGCAGGAGCAGAUGAAUCUGAGUUUUGUGAUGCAGCAACAGCAGGUAGGAGUUGGAGCUGGCAGUGGAGGGAGCGGGCAGGCUGGCGCUUCAGAAGAGCUUUCCAGGACACCCCAUAUUGCCCGACAGGAGCCCCAGGGCCAGGAGCUACAGGCAGAUGGUCUGGAGAAAUUAAGUUCCAGAGCAGUGGGUGGAGGUGUGAGCAAUGGAGGAGGAGGAAGCAGCGGUGGAGGUGGUUCAACUAACCAGGGUCAGUGCCAAAGCCCAGAAGAACUCCCUACUUAUGAGGAAGCUAAAGUUCAGUCACAGUACUUCCGUGGCCAUGGUCCACCUCUUUUACAUCAACAACAGAGCAACCAGCCCCAACAGAACACACUCCCUACCUCAGUGGGUGCUACCUUCUAUGUCACUGGGGUAACUGAUUCUAAGGUGCGCACAGAAGGUCGGCCCACCGUACAGCGUGUUAAUGGGGCGGUUAAGGUACACCAAGAUGAUGGACUAAAGGAUCUUAAACAAGGGCAUGUCCGUUCUCUAAGCGAACGGCUAAUGCAGCUCUCCCUUGCCACCAGUGGUGUCAAGGCGCAUGCUCCAGUCAUUAGCUCUUCACUCUCCCCACAGCUUUCCCCUCCAGGGCAGCCAGGUGAUUACUACAAGCCCCAGCAUCGUGGCCCACCUCCAGACUACCCUUUUAAAGGAAUGAGGUCACCUAUGAAGCAGCAAGAGACUGGAAGUCCUUUUCAUCAGGGGCAGAGAGGGAGGGAGCCUUCAAGGGAAGUGCCGCAUGUCAGAUAUCAGCCUCCACCAGAGUAUGGCUCAUUCAGGUCCAAUAAGGAGGGUUCGGUUACUUUCCAAAAGUACCUUCACCACCACAGCCCCACCUCUUCCAUCACCUCCACUGGUUCUUUGUCCCGGGCCCAAUCUUCUACUAUGUGUAGCUUACCAAGUCCAUUUCAUACCCCCUACUCCUCGCACCUAUCUGGCCCCCACCAACAGCCACAUGAUCGUGGUGAGACUUUUCCCAGCAUGGGGAUUCGCAAUCUACAGGGUCUUGUUUCCAACCAGGAACGGACUCAUCCAUAUCAACAACAGCAUUCUCUAGGCUUGCCCCCUCCACAGCCUCAACCCUUUGUUCAAGCCAGACAUUUCCCCCAUCUACAUUCUUACUCCCACCUGCAGGGGCAGACCUUUGAAAUAAUGGCACAUGCUCAACAGAGGGUGGACAUGCUCAAUGAAGCAAACAGAGUUCUGAGGCAAGAGAUGGAUGCCUGCCGUGAUAAAGUCACCAAGCUGCACAAGUUCGAAACAGAGAUUCAGCUGGUAUCAGAGGCCUACGAAACCCUUGCUAAUUCUUCUUCCAAGAGGGAAGCUCUGGAGAAAACAAUGAGGAACAAGCUAGAAUUGGAGGUCCGGCGUCUGCAUGACUUUAACAGGGACCUAAGAGACCGCAUGGAGACCGCCAACAAGCAGCUCACUGCUAAAGAGUCUGAUGGCUCAGAAAACAACCGUAAGACCAUAUCCCAACUGCUUGCAAAGAACAAAGAGACUAUGCGUGAGAAGGAAAAACUAGAGAUGGAGCUGAAUGUGCUGCACUCCACCACAGAAGACCAGAGGAGACACAUUGAAAUCAGAGACCAGGCCCUUAACAAUGCCCAAGCCAAAGUGGUCAAACUAGAGGAGGAGCUAAAGAAGAAACAAGUUUAUGUGGAAAAGGUGGAAAGAAUGCAGCAGGCUCUGGCUCAGCUACAGGCAGCUUGUGAGAAGAGAGAACAACUUGAACAUCGACUUCGUACAAGGCUGGAGAAAGAGCUGGAAUCACUACGCAUGCAACAGCGUCAGGGAGGCACACAAAACAACGGCGUGGUCCAAUCAGAGUACAGUGUCACUGCAUUAAUGGAGCACCUGAGGGAGAAGGAGGAGCGUAUUUUGGCUCUGGAGGCUGAUAUGACCAAGUGGGAACAGAAGUACUUGGAGGAGAGCGUCAUGAGACAGUUUGCCCUUGAGGCGGCCGCUUCUGUUGCUUCUCAAAGGGAUACCUCUGUCGCGAUGUUAAGCCAUUCUCCCAGCAGCAGCUAUGACACAUCAGUGGAGGCUCGCAUUCAAAAAGAAGAAGAAGAGAUUCUAAUGGCUAAUCGCCGAUGUUUGGACAUGGAAAGCAGACCGAUUUGCAUGGUGAGAGGACACAUGCAUGGAGUGGGGAUCUUCUCUUAUUCCUGUUUGCAGUUCCGGCGUCUGUGGAGGCAGGACUUUCUUCACUCCUUCCCGAUCUCGGGAGGGGGUGGACCACAGGGAUGACCUCCCGGAGAGCAUUGAUGGUGGGAUGGUGAUUCGCCCAUGUUCCGUCGGGGCUGGGGCAGUGACAGCUGGCACCCGCUUGGGUCCCCCGCUCUGGCUACUGGUGGGGGCGGUGGUUAGUGGGUUUUCCACCUACGGGAAUGUGGGGGGAACCCGCGGUCAGUGCUGCGGUGCUGGCUGGGGCGGUCCUCUUCGUCGGAGGUUGUCCUGCCUGAUGGGCCCGACCUGCAGGAGCCAUGCCUCUUAAUCACUCACUUAGCACACACUUCCGCCACUCACUGUAUAUAUUUUUCACACUAGUCACAUCUGGGUACAUAUACAUAUCCAGGGGUUCCUAGGGGACUGGGGUCUGGAGGGUGUGUGUGGGUGUCGGAUGGGGUUUCAGCACGUCUGUGCUGUUUCCCGGUCCGGGCGCCCUGCCUGCCCCCCUGGAUUUUAAUGCAUCAUCGGCUGGAGGGGGUGGCAUUGGGUCCCUGUGGCCUCCUUCGGGUGGCCAGUUCUUGGGGCGCCUCGGUGGGGCCUGCGAACCGCCCUGGGUCUCUCCGUGUGGGACGUGCCCCGUCCACCGGGCUGCUCUCGGGUGGACGCCUGGGCCCGAUCCCACCCCCCGAUUGAUUGGGUGGGGUCCUCAGCCGCCGCGGGGCAGGCACAGCAAUUAACGGACACUUCUGUCAGUCUGUGCAUGCUAAACGGUGUCAAUUCACAUCUGUCCGCAGGCACACAUCCCUGGGACUCUUUCACUGGGUGUGGGGCCACUCACUGAUUGCGACAAAUAAUUACAAAUAAUAUGCGAAUUGCUUGGGUAUCCCCUCACUCACACUCUCGUCCUAUUUCUUGUCCUGUCCUUCCCUCACAGGGUGUAGCACUACAACCGCAUCCAACACUCAUAUCUAAUGUUUCAUUAUUGUAUAUAUGUAAUGAUUUACCUUCCUCAUCCUGUUUACAAUUAGUGCUUUGUCUUUUGUUUUAGUUUCUCUCUGCCCUCUAGAAACCUUGUUCUGUUCGACUGAUCGACUCUGAUUGUCAAUAAACUUCAAGAAACCGCAGCAUCAUCUUAAAAACUCCACUGUGACACAGUAAAACUGUUCUGGCAUAAAAGGGAUACAGAUCCUCCAUUCUGCUUGACCUAACAGCCGAACAAGACAAUAAAAAAAUAAAUAAAUAAAAGAAUUGGUGACGAUGGCUUACUGCCGGCAAUGCGGGCCUAAUUCUGACACUGGAUGUACAGGGACUGGUUAAACAGCCCGUAUAAGGGGGUUCGGUACCCCAUACUCCCGAAGUACCCCCACAUGACCCUACGACGGACAGGAUCAAAUGCCUUCUCCAAAUCCACAAAACACAUGUAGACUGGUUGGGCGAACUCCCAUGCACCCUCGAGGACCAUGCCGAGGAUGAAGAGCUGGUCCACUGUUCCACGGCCAGGACGAAAAGCACACUGCUCCUCCUGAAUCUGAGUUGGCUUCCCAAUGGACCCUCCUUUCCAGCACCCCUGAAUAGACCUUACCAGGGAGGGUGAGGAGUGUGAUUCCCCCUGUAGUUGGAACACACCCUCCGGUCCCCGUUCUUAAAAAGCGGGACCCCCACCCCAGUCUGCCAAUCCAGAGGCACUGUCCCCGAUGUCCACGUGGUGUUGCAGAAGCGUGUCUACCAGGACAGCCCCACAACAUCCAGAGCCUUUAGGAACUACGCCCAAAUCUCAUUCACCCCCAGCACCUUUCCACCGAGAAGCUUUUUAACCACCUCGGUGACCUCAACCCCGUUGGGCGGCUAUGGCUCAGUUGGUAUAGCAGGAGGUCCAGUGACCAAAGCUCACUGGUUAGAAUCCCGGCUCCACAUAUUGAAGUGUCGUUGGGCAAGAUACUGAACCCUAAUUGUUCCCAGUGGGUCUGGCAGCGCCUUGCAUGGCAGCAGCCGCCCAUUGGUGUAUGAAUGUGUGUGUGAAUGGGUGAAUGUGAAGCUUGAUAAAGCGCUUUGGGCACUGUGAUAUUGAAGCUAAAGCGCUAUAUAAGUUACCAUUUACCCGUUCGGGCUGUGCCCAGCCGGGCCCCCUGGAUACAGACCCAGGCACCAGGCUCUCACCUUCGAGCCCCACCUCAAGGCCUGGCUCCAGUGACCCACGUCCGGGCAAGGGAAACCUAGAUCCAUUUAUUUUAUUCGUCAUAGGGGGUCUUUUAGCCGUGCUUUAGUCUAGCCCUCACCUAGGACCUGUUUGCCAUGGGGGACCCUGCCAGGGGCAUAAAGCCCCAGACAACUUAGCUCCUAGGAUCACUGGGACUCACAAACCCCUCCACCAUGAUAAGGUGAUGCGUUACUGGCAUCACUGGACACCUGUGAUACUAAUUAGAGGAUAUACCUUGUUUGAACACAGGGUUAGGGUCAGUCCCUAUGGUCAAAUUAUUAUUCUAUUUUCAAGGGGUACCAUUAUUUUUGUUGAGGCCUGUUUCAUGAGUUUUUUAAAAUAGUUCUGUUGAACCACAAUUGAAAAGCAAUAUCUUGAUUUUCAUUGGUUCAUUUUCAUUACAUUUUUAUUUAUUAUAAUGUUUGUCAAAUUCACGUUUAUUUAUGUGACCACUGAGGGUUUUUCUUUUAUUAACAGUGGGGUACCAACAAUUUUGUCCACAUGUAUACUGGAUGGAUUUGGCUGAAACUUGUUAUGCAUCUACUUAUAAACCUAUUGUGCGCAACUAUGAAGUUUGGUACUACACCAUUAAUUCUACUUGAUGCUAUAGAUGUUUGAACUUCAGACCACCCACAAAGCUAGUCUAUGAUAACCUUGACAUCAUCAUCUUGGGAAAUAGUCAUUAUAAAUGGUUGAAAAUUUGUAUUUGCAUUAAACACAGUGUCCUGCAAAAUCUGCGAAUAUUUAAAGAUGUCAUCUUGAGUAUUACAGUACUUAUAGAUUACAGUAGGCUGCAGUAUCUAAAAGUUACAAAAAAAAAAAUUUCUUCAAUGAUUAAGCUGGACUCUAUCCCAAUGCGUAAUGGGUGCAUUCUUCUAAAGAUUACUCAAGACGUGGUGACUCUUUUGGUGAAGGCGUGAGUAAUAGUAUUCAAACAAAUUCAUCCAUAUUCAUACAUUCAAUGUGGACUGAUAACCUUGUAUCUUAGCAUAGUUCAUGCUCAUUCUUAUGUCAAAACGACAGGACUACUCAAUCAUUAACAUUUUACCAAAAACCACAAGCAAAGCAAACUACAUCAGCACAACAUUCUCGUUUUUUCCUCCCUUCUUUUGUGGUGAUUUUACAUUCGUGCGUGAAUGGGCCACUUCACUUGGGACAGCAAGGGAGGUGAAUGCGACCGCAUAUGUUAUUUAAAUCAGAAAUAGCUUUAUUGGCCAAGUAUGUUACAAGACACAAAGAAUUUGUCUCGGGUAGUUGGAGCCACUCUAGUACGACCACAAACAACCUCUAUGAUUAACAUUUAGGACAUAAAAAACACGUAUGGAGUCAUUAAGCAUUGAAAGUGUACCACUAGUGUGGUGAUACUGAUAUAAUGGCAGUUGUGUCAACGAUGCAAGUUUCAGCAAAAAAUAUCCACAAAUAAGCUUGUUCCGGCAGAAAUUCCAAGGUGUUCUCCAAAUCAACCCCUAUAAAUUACAUGAUGUUUUAACUUUGUCACUUGGCCUAAAGACAUGACUUAAAUAGCACAAAUAGAAAAGUAUUUGUGAGAAGAGCAGUGUGGGCAGUCGAAUAGGUCACAUAAUUUAGUCAUCAAUUGUGUUUUUCAUUAUUUUAUCUGUUAUAAUAAUGAAUUCAGUGAGGCCCGAGCGUUACUUUCGCAAGGAAAAAAGUCAUAGUAAGACAUAAGCCAUAGUCUGACCGUUUAGGCUCAACUUUCUUCAUACAUCUACUUUCCAUGAACCACAAAGUGUGGUCAGUUUUUCCUCCUUUAUAGGAUAGAAAAAUCAUUCAAGACAAUCUUAGACAUAUACCUUUGUUUGAGAGGUGUUUCCCAGGGUGUUGUCGUCUAAAUCCAAUACAUCUAUAUGUGUUAAACAACUCAGGACAGAGCAACUAUAUUUGAACCCACAGACUUUUCAAGUGAGCAAAGGUAUUGGAACAGACAUGAUUAAAUUCACUUAAGGUUAAUAACUUAAUAUUUGGUGGUAUAACCCUUACUUGCAACAACUUCAUCAAGCCUGCGACCCAUUGACUUCACCAUUCUUGAUUUGAAAUGCUUUUCCAGGCCUUUACAACAGGCUCUUUCAGUUCUUGUUUGUUUCUGGGGGUUUCUCUAUUCAAUCUCCUCUUCACGAGGUAAAAUGCAUGCUUUAUUGGGUUAAUUGACUUGGCCUGUCUAAGAACUUCCACUUUUCCUGUGAUGAAGUCCUGUGUUGUGUGGGCUGUGUGUUUUGGUUCAUUGUCUUGUUGCAUGAUGAAGCUUCUCCUGAUUAGUUUGGAUGCAAUUUUUCUGAUAUAUACAUGUGUAUGUAUGUGUGUGUGUUUAUGGAUAUAUAUUUAUUUAUGUAUGUACCGACAGACGUCUUAUAUUCCCUAAGUACAACAAGACG